CCCCCAUCCCUUCCCCCCUCUUCCUUCCUCACCUGUCUGUUCCGCAACCGCCGCCGCCGCAUUGGGCGCCUAGGAGGGGGGCGCAAUGGAGCAGUACGAGAAGAAGGAGAAGAUUGGGGAGGGCACGUAUGGGGUGGUGUACAAGGCGCUGGACAAGGCCACCAACGAGACGAUCGCGCUCAAGAAGAUCCGCCUCGAGCAGGAGGAUGAGGGCGUCCCCUCCACCGCCAUCCGCGAGAUCUCUCUACUCAAGGAGAUGAACCACGGCAACAUCGUCAGGUUACAUGAUGUUGUCCACAGCGAGAAGCGCAUAUAUCUUGUCUUUGAAUACCUGGAUCUGGACCUCAAGAAGUUCAUGGAUUCUUGUCCGGAGUUUGCGAAAAAUCCCACUUUGAUCAAGUCAUACCUCUACCAGAUACUCCGUGGUGUUGCUUACUGCCAUUCUCAUAGAGUUCUUCAUCGAGAUUUGAAGCCUCAGAAUUUAUUGAUAGAUCGGCGUACUAAUGCUGUGAAGCUUGCAGAUUUUGGUUUAGCCAGAGCAUUUGGAAUUCCUGUCCGUACAUUUACUCAUGAGGUGGUGACAUUAUGGUACAGAGCCCCAGAAAUUCUUCUUGGAGCAAGACAGUAUUCCACUCCAGUUGAUGUAUGGUCUGUGGGUUGUAUCUUUGCGGAAAUGGUAAACCAAAAGCCACUAUUCCCUGGUGAUUCUGAGAUCGAUGAGCUGUUUAAGAUAUUCAGGGUACUAGGUACACCAAAUGAACAAAGUUGGCCAGGAGUUAGCUGUUUGCCUGACUUCAAGACUGCUUUCCCCAGGUGGCCGGCCCAGGACCUGGCAGCAAUCGUCCCAAAUCUUGAACCUGCUGGUUUGGACCUUCUUUCUAAAAUGCUUCGGUACGAGCCAAGCAAAAGAAUCACAGCUAGGCAGGCUCUUGAGCAUGAGUACUUCAAGGACCUUGAGAUGGUACAGUGACCUGCUAGUGUGGUGUGUUGGCAUUUGUAUGAGCUGAGUCCCUUGUUUCAUUCCUUUUAUGAACCCGUGUACUCUCUCUCUCUCUCUCUCUCUCUCUCUCUCUCUCUCUGCAUUUUUGUCAUUCAGCUGGAUAUUUCGAAUCUGGUGUGCUUUGAGAUGUAUUCAGGAAUAUCAGGUAGAUUACCUCCUUGGUCUCUAUUCGUUGAAAGUAAAUAUUCUUCAUAUGUUUAUCUUUUGUU